AUGGCGGUGGAAUCUGAAAAGCCUACCUCAGCUCCUGUUAACGGAGAUGUUCAGGAGCAUGAGAACGCCGCUCCCGAUCUUGAUGCGGCUGCUGAAGCUCUCCUAAGCAUCACCAUUGUUCUCCCCGCGCCGAACACGGAGAAGAUACAGAUCACAGUCUCUUCUCAGGAGCAGGUCCAUGAAGUCCGCCAGACCAUUAUCGACCUCCCGGCCGCCUUCCGAUAUACUUGCUUCCACCUCGAACACAAGGGUCAGAAAAUCAAUGACUUCAUCCCCAUUGCUGAUAUUCCUGACCUUGCUCCCGAGCCCGAGUUCCAUGUGGUCCAGGAUCCCUACACAGAGAAGGAGGCUCGUAUUCACCUGGUUCGCAUCAGGGAGCUCAUUGGCGCUGCUGGUGACCGUACCGACACGGCUCAGGGUGCCUUGGCUGGAAUCUCGCUCUUCGAGUCCGUCACCAAGACUGCCCAGGCCGAGACGGCUGCCGAGGAGUCCCAAAACUUUGACUUCGCUGCGGCACCGCCCCUCACAACCCUCAUCCCCAAUGAGCCGGAGCCUGCUCCUAAGACGGUGAAAUCCAUUGCCGUCUCGUCAUGGAACCCUCCUCCCGUCCACCUGAGACAGAGGGGACACCUGCUCUACCUUGUUGUCACUACCAAUGAGGGUGAGCAGUACCAGAUCACAUCCCAUGUGUCGGGCUUCUUCGUCAACAAGUCAUCCAACGCCAAGUUUGACCCCUUCCCCAAGCUCCCGCCCAAGGCCUUUGCCUCGCACUCCCUCCUUGAGCUCCUGGGUCUCAUGUCGCCUUCCUUUGACAAGUCCUUUGCCGACCUCCAGGAGUACAACAACUUGCGUGAUCCCCUGGCCACCUUCCAGAUCACCAACUCUAUCCCCUCUUCGCCCUGGGCCGUCCCCUCCCCCAGCUCCGUCUUCUGCACUCAUCUCCCGGACCCUACUCGUCCCCAGGAGACUUAUCUUCUCUCAGGUGCCGAUAACACGGACAAUCUGAGGGACUGGAACGAGGAGUUCCAGUCUGCUAAGGAGCUUCCCAAGGAGACUGUGCAGGAUCGAGUCUUCCGUGAGCGCCUGAUCUCCAAACUCUUUGCCGACUACAACGAUGCUGCCACCCGUGGAGCCGUCAUGGUCGCUCGUGGCGAGAUUUCGCCUCUGAACCCGACAGAAUGCCGUGACGCCCAGAUUUUUGUGUACAACAACAUCUUCUUCUCGUUUGGUGCCGACGGUGUCGGUACCUUCACCUCCGAGGGCGGGGACGAGGCUGCCAGGGUUGCUACAGGAAAGGAUGUUUCCGGAGUCAGGCUGGUCAAUCAACUCGACAUCGACGGCCUCUUCACCCCGGCCACACUGGUUGCUGACUACUCGGGCAAGCGCAUUGUCGCCCAGAGUAUUGUCCCUGGUAUUUUCAAGCAGCGUGAGCCUGGUGAGAACCAGAUUGACUACGGUGCAGUUGACGGCAAAGAUGUUGUGGCCGCCGAUGAGCGCUUCACUUCCGUCUUUUCCGAGCUCUCCAAGGCUCUCAAGGUCAAGAAGCACGGUGUCUGGGACAAGGACGGAAAGCGCUUUGACCUCGAGUCGAGUGUGGAGACCAAGGGUCUCAUGGGCACUGACGGUCGCAAGUACGCUCUUGACCUCUACCGUGUCACACCCCUUGAUGUCUUGUGGCUCGAGGAAACCAAGGAAGCGUCUGGCUUUGGCGAAUAUCCUCACCGCAUGACGGUGCUGCGCCCCGAGCUCAUUGAUGCCUUCUGCCGGUACAAGAUGAAGGAGUACGUUGACAACGAACUCGCUCGUAUUGCUAAGAAAGAGGAGGAUUCCGACUCUUCCGACUCGGACUCGGACACAGAAUCUGAUGACUCUUCUGACGAUUCGGAGUCAGAGUCGGACAACGAGGAAGAGAAAAAGAAGAAGAAGGAGAUGAAGAAGGCGGCUAAGCCCAAAGCCCAACCUGACCUCUCCAAAUUUGAGUUCUCUCUCAACCCUGAUGCUUUCAGUGGCCAGACCCCCCAGACCAAGGAGGAGAAGGCUGAGUGGGAGAAGGACGAGGCCGAUGUACGCGCAGCUGGCCAGCAUCUCCGCGAACGCAUGAUUCCCGACCUCCUGCGCGAGCUGACGGAGUCUGAUAUUAGCUUCCCAAUGGAUGGUCAAUCUCUGAGCCGCCUCCUCCACAAGCGUGGUAUCAACAUCAGGUACCUCGGCAAGAUCACAUCGCUCUGCACCGACCGCCGCCUGCAGUGCAUGCGUGCCAUCUGUGUUCAGGACAUGAUUGCCCGUUCCUUCAAGCACAUUGCCUCCCAGUACCUGGGCAACCUUCCCACGCCUGCUACGUCGGCGGCCAUCGCUCACCUCCUCAACUGUCUACUUGGCUCCCAGGUCAACGCCAAGCCUGUCGCCGAGGUUGACGCCCCUCUGAAGGCCCUGUACCCCGACUCUGACUGGUCCUUCGCGGGCGUCACCCCCGAGAGCCUCCGUGCCGAGCUCCAGGAGCAGGUCCUCAAGCGCUUCCGCUACAAGCUUGAGCCUGGCUGGUUCCUGUACGAGCGCCCCACUCAGCUUCUCCGUGAGGUUUCCCUAAGGCUGGGUAUCCAAAUCCAAGCCAAGGAGUACGUUUUCUCAGCCACUGAUGCUCCUAUUGCUCCCACUGCUGCUACUACGGAGCCCAAGACCAACGGCGACAGCAAGAACAAGAAGAAAAGCAAGAAGACCCGCGACGGAUCCCCUGCAUCCGCAGCUCCUACAUCCCCACCGACGACCUUCACUGCCGACGACAUAGUGGCCGUUGUACCCAUUGUCAAGCACUCGUGCCCGCGCAGCUCUCUUGCCGAGGAGGCCCUCGAGGCUGGACGUCUAUCGCUCAUGCAAAACCAGAAGAAGCUCGGCCAGGAGCUCCUCCUCGAGUCACUCUCUCUUCACGAGCAAAUCUACGGCAUCUUGCACCCUGAGGUUGCGCGCGUCUACAACACUUUGUCCAUGUUGUAUUACAAUCUGGAUGACAAGGAGGCGGCUGUCGAGCUGGCCAGGAAGGCCAUUGUUGUUGCCGAGCGCACUGUCGGUAUUGACUCGGCCGAGACUCUGCUCAACUAUCUUAACCUGAGUCUCUUCCUGCACCAGUCUGGAGACAGCAGGAACGCCCUGGUCUACUCCAAGCACGCCCUGAAGCUUUGGAAGAUCAUCUACGGACCUGACCACCCCGACUCCAUAACGACCCUGAACAACGCUGCAGUCAUGCUGCAACACGUCAAAGCCUACCACGAGUCAAGGCUCUGGUUCGAGGAGUCCCUGCGCGUCUGUGAGACCGUCUUCGGCAAGCAGUCGGUCAACUCGGCGACUCUCCAGUUCCAGCUGGCUCAGGCCCUCGCUUUGGACCAAGACUCCAAGGCUGCCGUCAACCGCAUGAGGGAGUCGUACAACUCCUUCCUCGCUGAGCUUGGCCCUGAGGACAAAAACACCAAAGAGGCCGAGACCUGGUUGGAGCAGCUGACUCAGAACGCCGUCUCCAUUGCCAAGCACGCAAAGGACGCCCAGGCCAGGCGCAUUCGCUCCGGCAUCCGCUUCCCGGCUACGCCCGCCGCCGCGCCCGCCGCGCCCGCCACCCGCAUGACCUCUGCUCCGCAGAUGGACUCGCGCAGCAUUGACGAGCUCAUCAAGUUCAUCGAGGGCAGCGACCAGCAGUCCAAGUCGGCCAAGAAGCGCCCUGCUGUCCAGGGCAACCCUAAGCGCAGGGGCCGUGCUGCCAAAUAA